GCCAUGCUGAUGCUGGAGGGUCAAGUAUUCGUUAUUUUAAAAAUUGGCAUCUCUGUAAGACUCAUUUAAGAACUUGAGCUGGCAAAAGUACCCAAUCUGUUGUGUAUUCUUUUUAAAACUAGACUUUGUAAAACUAGGUAAAAUUACUUUAACAAACAUUCAUUCAUUAUAUGGAAUGCUGUAUUUUGAAGCCGUAGUUUCCUUCACCAGUGAUAUUACACCUAAAUAACAAUAUCAAUGUGAAAUUUGAUCUGUUAUUUAAUUGAGAAAGAUGGGCAGGAAAGAUGGCGAUGGUCUCGACUCGUUAAAUUUACCGGUAAAUGUUUUCUGUCUAGAGUUUUGCUAGUUAUUUUCCAAAUGUUUGCUUAUAUUAUUUGUUGCAUUGCAUGAUUUAUUCUUCUAAAUUGUAAAUUUAUUGGAUUUUGGGUCACCAAAAAAAGAAAGGAUGUUUUCAGCGAUGAAAUUUAAUUUUGUUUGAUACGUGUUCGCCACGUUUUACUACAUUCUUUUCAUGGAGUAACCUUUUGAAAGUGAUGUUGUGUCAGUUUACCAAAAGCGACAUGGUGGUUGGGUGAGGGGAUUGCGUAAAAGGACUGUUAUGUUUUUCUCAGUAUUAGUUCUUUGUUUCAGUUCAAGGGACCAGCAUCUCUGUAAUCAGUUUCAUUUCCAACAGCAGUAGUUUUUUUUUUAGAUUUUCUGUUUUAUUUGAACUCAUAAGUGCAUAAAAAUUGCUCUAACAAGUUUUUAUGUAUGAUAAAUGGCGAAAAGGACUUCCUGGUUGCCACAAUGCACCAAUGUAUACUUUACCAAUGUAUCUUCUAAUCCAUACAUUUAUUGUUUUAAAGAAUAUUUUCUACGAUCCCCAAAAGUUGGGGAUCGAGUGUAUUCAGGUACAAUGUUACGGCCAAUCCAAAGCAAGUCGGAAUGUGCAGGCUAAGUCUUGUCUGUACAAUGGAUUUACAAAUUCUUGCCAUAUUUUUAUUUAAAAAAAUUUUAAUUCACUUCAUAGUUUGAGGUUAACCGUUGCUUUUAAUGAAAAGUGAAGAACAACAUGUAGCUCUAAAAAUGCUAGUUGGAGUGUGUUUUACACCCUUCCUCCUUGGCCGCAAGCUUCCCGUUUCACAACAGGGAAACACUUCUGCACCUAUCCUGAAACACGGAACUCCGUUCUCUUAGACGCAGUCGUCCUUUGCACAUCAAGUUGGUUGGCCGCAGAUGUUGAAUAGUCUGCAUUGUUUUAUUGUUGUUGUCUACCCGAAAUCAGAGUCAGUCAUCUUGAAUCGAGAUGUCUGACCAAUUGACAAAUAAAAAAAUCGUUGAACAAGAUGAUUCCGAUGAUGACACCGAUGGAAAAGAAAAUGGUUUAUCCACCAAAUCGCUGACUGCUAAACAAAUUGCCUACCAACGACAACAGCCCGGCAGACCAAAACUUGUGACUCAGGGGGCCCUAAACAGUGAAUCGCAAAUGUCGGUGCUGAAAAAAAAGGGAGCCUCAGGAAACGCGACGAAACAAUCAUUGAAAAACAUACCCAUGAAAUCCGACUGGAGUCAGACGGCCUUUAAUCGCAGUGAAAGCUUUGCUGUUCGCGAUUUGGUGGACGAAGUUUCGCCAACAGCUGGAUGCGUUUGGCCCCAAUCAGUGUUGGCCCUAGCUAUCGAUGAAUUAUUGAUCCCCAAAGAUCCGGCCAUCGUUCGCUCAGCCAAAAUCGUUCUUAGAGAUUCAAAGGACGCAUCGGUUUGGAAAAAAAUGCCGCAAGAAUGCCGAAACAUUGGCGUCCUUUAUGCCGCACUCAAAGGACGGGAAGCAAUGUUAAAAUUUUUUCUAGAACUUGGAGGCGAAGCUAAAUCAACUGAUUUGAUGCGCCGAAGUGCUCUUCAUUACGCAGCCAGUUGGCCUGGUGCCGAAGCCGCUGUUUGUAUCGAUCUUUUAGUUAAACACGGUGCUGUAGUUAACGUCUGGGAUGUGAACGAUGAAGCAACUCCGCUGUGUUGUGCUGCUGCUUCCGGGUGCAUCGAGUCUGUUGAAUCACUCCUGAAGGCAGGAGCAGACGUAAAUGCUAAGGUUAGCACGUCUCCAUUAGUAUUGGCCGUUCGGUCCCGAAGUUUGGCUUGCGCCACUCGACUAAUUGCGGCCGGUGCAGCCGUCAACAGCGUACAAGUUAACAGUGAAUCGCCUCUUCAUGUAGCUGCUGUCCAGGGCGAUGCUGACUGCUUGAAAUUGCUCCUGGAGAACAAGGCAGAUACUCGUGCCGUUUGUGAUGGACGGAUGAAAGCACUUCACUUGGCCGCUUUUAAUGGCAAAGUCGCAUGCAUCCGGUUGCUUUUGCAGGCCAGCAAGAUGGAAAUCGAUACGCAAGAAGCUGAUGGUCGGACACCUUUGCAUUUGGCGGCGUUGUGUCAAUCGGUGGAAUCGGUUGCGGUGUUAUUAGAAAACGGGGCACGGCAUGACGUUUUCGACCACAUGAAGGAGACACCUCUUCACAGUGCAGCCGUCAAAUGCCGUCGGUCGAUAGAUGUCGUCAAAUUGUUAAUUUCAAAUGGAGCCAACGUCAAUGCGCAAAAUCAGUGUGGACAAACACCUCUUCAUUUUGCGGCAAUCAAUGAGAAUUCAAAGCUUGCUGCUUUCCUCAUUAAGUCGGGUACCGAUUUGUCGAUUAAAAACCGGGAAGGGAAUACGGCAUUGGAAUUAGUCGCUCGCCGAGUUCCAAACGCCCUACAAGCCAUUCAACGCAAAUUGGAUUCGGCAGUGGAGAUAGCAAGUCACGAUCCAACCGAUCUGGAUUGCGAAUUGCGACUGGAUUUAAGGGUGUUAGUGCCCAGAGGCAACCAACAACAUGCGGGGGAAAUGGCCAUGCUGAAGUCGCUAAUUGCCGCUGAUCAACGUCACUUUCUCCAACAUCCCGUCAUUGGAGCUUUUCUCCAUUUAAAAUGGAUGAAAAUCCGGGCUGUCUUUAUCCUCUCCCUACUCUUCCAAUCUUGUUACGUUCUAUCAUUGUCACUCAACAUCCAUUCAAUGUACGUCAACAACGCCAGUGUCACUAAUUGCUCUUUGAAUAGCAAUUCAUCGUUAUGCGAGCCAAAGAACCAGUUGCACGCUAAUACUCUGUGGUACCUGACGGUCAUUUGGGGUUCGGCAACAGGUUGUAAGGAACUCUUCCAGCUGCAUUGCAAUCCAACAGAAUACGCCAGAGAUCCGGAGAACUAUGCUCAACUCUUUUCUAUCGUCGGAAUGGUCCUCACCCUUCUUCGUUCAAACCUUAAGGAAGCAGGUGAAGAUCACAGUGAUUGGCAACAUCACUUGGCCGCCGUAGUUAUUAUCGUGAGUUGGUGUAACCUGAUGAUGCAUGUCGGGCGGUUCCCUGUAUUUGGUUUGUACGUGCAAAUGUUUACGACCGUUGCAUGGAAUAUUGCUAAACUGUUGCUGGCCUAUAUGAGUCUCAUUAUUGGCUUUGCAAUGGGAUUCGCCGUUCUGUUUCCUCAUUCGGAAUCCUUCUCCCGGAUGCCCGAAGCACUGCUCAAGGCAAUAGUCAUGAUGACGGGCGAGAUCGAUUAUGAGAAAACGUUUUACGAGAGUGACGAUCAUAUCAAAUACGUGGGCACAACUCAUCUGAUUUUCCUCGCCUUUGUUCUAUUUAUAGUUAUCGUUCUGAUGAACUUACUCGUCGGUUUGGCCGUCUCCGACAUUCAAGGUCUACAGAAUUCGGCCGGUUUGGAUCGGCUUGUCAGAUUAACAAAACAAAUUGCACGUAUGGAAAUCUUUGUUUUCUUUCCUUGGUUUAUCCAUUUUCAUAGCAAAAGGGCAAAAUUUUCAAAACGUGAAUGCCUGCAACGUAAAGUGCUCGUGGUUUCACCGAAGGCUAAACGAACUUACAAUUUCAAGCCGAACGACCCACGUGAUCAUUGCUUUCCACCCGACAUCAAAGAAGGUCUGUUGGCUAUUGCCAUCAACAAAAUGGUUAAUACAAAGACAAAUAACCUACAAAAUGUUACCUCCACUGGAACGCCGAUAAAACGGCCGUUGGACCCCAUAAGUGAAGACCACUUGAAGGAAGUGCUUAACCGUGUCGACGAUCUCUUUCAGAAUUACAUGUCUCAAAUAAUUGUGAUGAACACGGCAUUGAAAAAGGAACUUACAGGAUUGGAAGAUACGGUCACAUCCACAGAGGAUUGGCAGAGAACACCCUAUUGCCAUCGCUCGAUGACUGAAGAAAAUAUUAGUUCUUUUGAAUUAGUGUAAUACGAUUUAUUUAACAUUUAAUUUUCCCUGUUAAUGUCCCCAAAAUGAUCGUUGCCUUUCGUUGGCAACCCUUUGUAAAUCCAACUACCCUUCCUUUCUUGCUCUACACUUUCUCUGUUAUAACAUUAAAUAUCUAUAUGUAAUGAAGGUUAA